GUUGAUCUGCGUUCCCAUGGCAGUUGGUCAAGCUCUGUACAGAGUUUGGUUGUACGGAGAAAUCAUGUGCAAACUUACCUCAUAUCUACAAGGGGCUACAGUUGCUGCUAGCGUAUUCACUAUCGCCAUUCUAAGUCUGGAUCGAUUCUUUGCCAUCAAGAAACCUAUACUAUUCCGGAGAUUUGGUGAUGCUAGAUACGCCUUGUACGCCAUCAUUAUAGUCUGGGUUGUCUCCCUUGUGUUAAUGGCGCCACUUUUAGUUGUCAAACAAGUAGAGAAUUAUAGAUUUCUUCAAACAGAGCUUCAAAUUUGCGUCGAAAUAUGGCCAGAUCAAUCGUCUAGGCAAAUCUUUGACAUGGUGUUGUUUGGUUUAGUUUAUUUCGUUCCUGGAGGUGUGAUAGGAAGUGCUUAUAGCCUUAUUGGUAUGGAACUUUGGAAGGAGGAUGUGGAUUUACGGAGAAGAGAGUCUGUGACCAGUCAGUGUAUGGGAAAACAAAUGAUGGCUGGAAGAAAGAAAGUAGCAAAAAUGUUAAUAGCCCUGGCCAUUGUGUUUGCCAUCUGUUGGCUACCCUACUAUAUAGUGAGCCUGUACUUAGAUUUUAAUUACGACAGUCCCUCAGCCAUGCGUUUUAUGACUGUACUGCCUUUUGUGAUUCUGCUUGGGCAUGCUAACUCUGCCCUUAAUCCUUUAUUGUAUUUUUAUUCAAGCAAAACAUUUCGAACAUAUCUUCUAAAAAUACUCCAUUGUUUGCGUUGCUAUAAAAAGAAUCCUGCAUUUCCAGAUCAUGCUCGUUUUAGAUAUACAAGUUCUAGGAGAUUUAGCUGUCAAAAUGGGUCAAACAAUGGACACGUAAAGUUAGCAUCUUCUUGCAACUCAAAUUACCGUAAAUCGUCAAUAGGCAGUGUAAGAUCGAAGUCGUCGAGUAAUAGUUUCAGAAAUAUAGGUCAUAAUAAGAAAUAUGAUAGCACAGAAUUUACCGCUGGAAGAUUGCUACUUGAGAGAGCCACACUUAUUCAAAUGGAAAUUAUGAAAGCUACAAUUGACAAUUCGAACUCAACAGCUAAGGGUGAUGGCAAGCGAUUUGGAUCGGGGAGAAAUCUGGACAUUCCAAUGACAAUCCAAGAGGAGAGUAGCAAUAGGGGCUCACUCCAAAGUUCUCCAAGAUAUUUUAGGUCAUUAUUGCAAGAGGAAAGUCCCGUACAUUCAUAACUACCUCAUGAUACCACUAAUAUCAGUUAAAUACUACUGAAAUACAGAAAUUAUACAGAGUUUGAUAAAGAUACUAGUACUAGUAUUUGUAUCUAAUAGGGCAAUUAUAUGGCUCGGCUUGUUGCCGAGAAUUUGAAAUUUUUUCAAUAGAUAUUGUUUAAAAAUAAAGGUACGU